AUGGAUCUAAGCAACAUUAACAUUGACGGAGGUGGUCUAAUCAAGAGUGGCAUUAAAUUUGGUCUCAAUAUGUACAUGGAUCAUAAGGCCAAGAAAACAUGCGAGCAAGUCCUGAUCGUUCAAUUUCAAAAGCUCAUGGUUCAGGAUUACCUUUCCGCUAUUGGUGACAACGGGUUUCAACUUACCGAUAAGGCUCUGGCGGAAAAAAUCGGGUUGACGGCUUAUCCAGAUGUGCGGGCAUUCAUGCAAACUAUGAACUUUAAUGUAGAAGAAGUUGCCGUAGUAGCAGGAACACGCGUGCAGGUCUGGAUGAAUAAAAAAUUCCAACCGUGGGAUAAGAGAGUUGGAAGUGCGUGGCCAAAGACUGCAAAUUUAGCAAAGGCUAUGAGAAAGAGAGCUACUGAUGCUUUGAAUAUAUGGUACGCCCCAAAUGCCGUUGGUGCAAGGCAAUCAUUUAACCAAUCAAUGGCAUAUCUAGUUAACGCAGAGGCUAUGCUAGAAGGUGACGAUUCCAAUGCGAAGAACGAUAUAAUGGUUAUUGUGACUCGCAUUAUAGGUCUUGCACAGAUGUGUGGAAUUUCAGAGGUCGGUCUGGUAGACAUUAUAGAGGGCUUGUCGAUGUCAUAUUUAUUCGAGACGAUUGCACGCGCUAUCGUAGCUGGAUUGCGUGAACGACAUCCAUCAGAAGUAUACAAUAUCGGUCUUGGCAUCCAAGGAAGCUCAGAAAAUGUGCACAAAAAUUUCGCGAUGGUAGCAAAUGGGUUCAAAGGACCGCGGGAAGUUAUUGGAAAAUACGCUGGUGGUAGAGUAGUGUUAAAUUCAAUUGUCGCCGAGGUAGUCGUGAGAGAUUUUUUAAAUCAAGGGGAAGAAAUUUGGUGUAUGAGCGGAUGGGCAGCAGCAUUGAGGAGGCGCACAGCUAAAUUAAAGGAAAAUGUCGCAACAGACAUUCAUGGCAACCAGCUACGACGUACCAAAUUGCUUAAAGUAACUUUGAGUAUUAAGAGGGUCAAUGGAGUGCCGUUGGCAAAAAUUAAACAGAUUGGAUCCAUUUUAGCUGCCGAUAGGAUCUGGGGUAGCAUUACAGGUACCGCUUGUCCAUGUACCAAUCCAGAUCCGCGUAAAAAACUCAAAGGAGGAAGCCGCGUGGGUAAAAUAAAGGUCAUUUUUAAAAAUCUUGACUUGAAUACCAGCAAAACGAAUAUUGUUCCUCGACG